AUGACAAUAUCUAUAUUUGCAGGUUUUACUGUUGAAAAGCAUCAAAAGACUUACAAUAUGCCCGGAAUCGUUGAUUGGUACCGUGACCUUAUGCAAAAUAAAAUUGAUAAAAGAACUGAAGAUUGGUUUCUUGUUACCGGGCCUGGUCCACUGUUAAUGAUUUUUGUAACUUACAUUUACUUUAGCACAUCAGCGGGCCCAAAGUAUAUGAGGGAUAAGAAACCUUACUCUCUUAAAAAUGUUUUAAUUAUCUAUAAUUUCAUUCAAGUAGUUUUGAGUUUUACAUUAGUUUAUGAAGGUCUUGCAAGUGGUUGGUGGAAUGAUUAUAGUUUCGGAUGUCAACCAGUGGAUAGGUCAAUGAGUCCAAAAGCUUUAAGGAUGGCCCGAGCUGUUUGGCUGUAUUAUAUUUGUAAGCUUAUUGAACUUGCCGACACAGUAUUUUUUGUUCUUCGUAAAAAGCAACGACAAAUAUCAUUUCUUCACGUAUGGCAUCAUUCUAUUAUGAUUGUGACAGCUUGGAUUGGAGUAAGAUUUUUCCCAGGUGGUCAUGCUACUCUCCUUGGUGUCAUUAACUCUUUCAUUCAUAUUCUUAUGUAUUCAUAUUAUAUGUUAUCGGCAUUUGGCCCGCAUAUGGAAAAAUAUCUUUGGUGGAAAAGACAUCUCACGACAUUACAACUUGUGCAAUUUUUCCUUAUAUUCAUACAUAAUUUUCAACAAUUUAGAUUGGGAUGUGAUUUUCCUAAAACACUUACAGGAUUACUGUGUUUUAAUGCAGGAUUCUUUACGUAUUUGUUCGGCUCGUUUUACGUUAAAACUUACUUAUCAUCAAGAGUUUCAGAAAAAAAAUUUACCGAAUUGCAGUUUUACUGUAACUCAACAGUAUUUUUUUUUCGUGCGAUUCAAUUAUUUAUUAAGUUAAAUUUUAUGCAUACUAUUUAUGUGACUAUUAUUAAUAAUAUAAAUCCAAGGACGAAGGAUUGGUUUUUAAUGUCUUCACCAUGGCCAGGUUUUGCAAUACUUGCAUUUUAUUUAUACUUCGUAUUCACUUUAGGGCCAAGACUUAUGGCAAACAGGCCGCCAAUGAAGUUAGAUAGAAUAAUGCAGAUUUAUAAUGUUAUUCAAAUAUAUUUAAGUGGCUAUCUUGUGUAUAAGGCUUUAUCCCUUGCGUGGCUUAAUGAAUAUAGUUUUGUUUGUCAACCAGUUGAUUAUUCAAACUCUCCGCGAGCAGUCGAGAUUGCGGGAGCUGUGUGGUUUUAUUUUAUGGUUAAAUUAUUUGAUUUGAUGGACACAGUGUUUUUUGUUUUGAGAAAAAAACAAAAUCAAGUAUCUUUUCUUCACGUCUAUCAUCACGCCGGAAUGGUAAUGGGCGCGUGGGGUUUAGUCAACUCUUUUGUACAUGUCAUUAUGUAUAGUCACUAUUUAGCUACAUCAUUAAAAAUAAGUAAACCCUGGUGGAAAAAAUACAUCACUCAACUUCAACUCACUCAAUUUUUUCUGCUUCUGAUUCACUUUUCUCAAUUAAUCUGGACAAAAGAUUGUGGUUUUCCUCUCUGGCCUGCGGCAAUAUUUAUACCACAAAACCUUUUCAUGAUGGUGUUAUUUGGAGAUUUCUACUAUAAGGCGUAUAUAAAAAAACCAACGCCAAAAAUUAAUCAAAAUGGUAUUACGCAAAAUAUAACUAAUGGAAGUACAAAAAGCCAAUAA